UUCAAGAAGAAACGCAUGCGCCCGGCGGAUGGCGGUGCCGGUGUUGCAGCGGUGUGCGCACGGAGGCGCCGAGAGCGGUGCUCUCGCACGGACACAGUCGUCGUGCACGGCGCAUUCGGCCCCACGUCCGUCGCUUCGAGGAUGGCCCAGCUUAUGACAGUCAAGCUCACCCGCUUUGACGGGUCACCCUGGGGGUUCCGCCUCCAGGGCGGCAUCGACUUCGCCCAACCCCUUUGCAUCCAAAAGGUCAAUGGGGGCAGUCCGGCUGAGACUGCGGGUCUUCAGGCUGGAGACGCUAUCGUCAAAGUGAAUAACAUCGACGUCUUCAACCUGCGGCACAAAGAGGCGCAAGAUGUCAUCGUUAAGGCCGGAAAUAGCUUUGAAAUCUCCAUCUCGAGAGGAGGCUCCACUUGGAAACCCCAAGUUGCUCCAGUGGGUGCACUCCCAAAACCUUCUGGUCAAACUCUAAACAACAAUGUAGCGCCCAUCACGAAAACAUCCCUCGCAGUCAGCCAUCCCGAGCCUGCCCCCAUUGGAACUGGACACAAUAACAUUGCAAAGCCUUUUGGAGCUCCACAAGUGAACGGCAGCAACGGACAAGUGGACGCUGUCAAGUCGAUCGUCAACAAGCAAUAUAACACACCUGUUGGUCUAUACAGCGAAGAAAACAUUGCUGAAACUCUUUCGGCACAAGCUGAGGUGCUGGCCAGCGGAGUCCUUGGAGUCAACUUCAAAAAGAACGAACGCAAGUACGAGCCCAAUAAUAGCGAGGUGCUAAGGAUGGUGCAGGAGGUGGACAGCGAGCCUAGAGAUCCUGAGCCUGAAGGUAAAUUGGCCGAAUUUGAGUACAAGGAAAACCUGAGGAAUAUCAGGCUUGGUGCAGUUCAGUCGAACACGUUUAAGAGACUACAGGCUGCACUCGAGGAUGAGUGCCAACUAAAAGAUCCCGCGUUCGCUCCAAAAAGCAGUCUGCGAAAAGUGACGGCCCCAGAGACACGUCCCGCCCCCGCCCCUCAGGCCUCCAACAACACCACACCGUCGAACAAUAAGACACAGCUGCCUCCCGGACAGAACAUUUGCUCUGAGUGCGAGAGAUUAAUUGUAGGUGUGUUUGUCAGGAUCAAGGAUAGAAACCUGCACGUUGAUUGUUUCAAGUGUUCCACCUGUGGAGCGUCCCUGAAGAAUGUUGGCUACUACAACAUCGGAACCAAGCUGUACUGCGAUGUUCACGCAAAAAUGGCUGCCAGGAAAAAUCCCCCUGGACCUAACUUGGAGCCUGUCACAGUUUCUCCGGGCCAAAUUCCACCAGCCGGUAGCGUUCCCGCACACCAGGCGGCUGCCAACUUCCCACCAAUGCCUCUGGCAAACGCCGCGGCGCCUCUGAAUCAAGCACCACCGGCUAGCAAUGUCAACGCUCCAUUGCCUUUCCAUACACCACGUAAAGGUACUUCUCACGUGAACGCGCCUCGCACCUUUGUUCAGGGACCGACUGCCUCUGGCCAGCAGGCCCCGCCGCCCGUCCAGCAGGCCUCAGCGCCAAAGCCCUUCUUCUCUCCUCCACCUCCAACGGUCAGCAGCGCGGCUCUGAACAAGCCAAUUGGAGGCCAAAAGUUUGUGUGGCCUCCUCAAAAGCCAGAGGAUUUGGAUCCCAUGCUCACCGGCCCAACAGCCACCCCAAUCUACAUCAACCCUCUUGACCCAACUCCCUUGGAGCUUUCUGGCACCUCCAAAAUCGCGCCAGUUUCAGCUCCUACUACCAAGCCUGUGCUUAUUGCCCCUGUAAAACCUCCCGCUUCAAUCACUCCAAUUCCGAUUGAAAAGGGUCCUCCAGUUCACCUGGCGCCUGAAUUCAAUCCUAGACCAGUCUCCCCAAUGGUUUUCGCCCUUACAACUGCUCCCGCUCAACCCUACAACUUGAGAGGCAGCCCAAUGACCGUUCAGGGCAAGGGUGGAUCCUCUGUCAAGGGUCAACCACACAACCUACCUCACUUCCAGCCCUCAUUCGAUGCUCAGCCUUUGCCCUUCCAGCCUCAAAAUUUCCCUGCUAAGCCCAUCCAACCAGUCCAAGCCCCUCAACAGAAAAUUGCUGCCCCUCAGCCUAUUGCACCUCCUCCUCCUCCACCUCAACCUCAGCCAGUGGUUGCUCCCCCAGCACCACAGCCUCAGCCAGUUUUCGCACCACCUCCACCUCCACCGCAGCCCAUUGUUUUUUCUCCUCCUCCUCCCCCUCCUCCCCAAAUCGCUGCCCCCAAGCCUCAACUACCUAAUCCACCGGUUGCUGCUGUUGCUGCACCCCUGCGACCCAUCUCGCCUCUGCCUCCGUUGGAGACUAUUCCCGUCAAGCAAACCUUCCCUCCUCCAGCGCCAGUAAACUUUGCCCGUCCCACCUCCCCCCUGCCACCCCUAACCAAUAUUCCUGCCAAGCAAACCUUCCCUCCUCCAGCUCCGGUAAACUUACCCCGCCCGACCUCGCCUCUACCACCCCUGACCAGUAUUCCCGCCAAGCAGACAUUUCCUCCACCAGCACCUUUGCUGAACCUGAACAAAGCCCUGUCCUCCGCGGUGGCUGCUGCGGCUGCCCCACCUCCAGUAUUUGAACCUGACCCAUCAGGAUUCGGCUCAGCACCGCCGCCUGCAAACAACAGCGGCAAUGCAAAGGGUGGAAGCCUGGCAGGAACGACCGCUCCCCGUCGCGGAAGGGGUGUUCUGACUGCUCCAGUAGCUGGUGGCCGCGUCCCACUUUGCGGUCUCUGCAACGGUCAAAUCAGAGGCCCAUUCAUCACUGCUCUGGGAAAAACUUGGUGCCCCGACCACUUCAUGUGUGUGAACUCGCAGUGUCAGCGUCCACUACAAGACUGCGGCUUCGUUGAGGAGAAAGGUGACCUCUAUUGCGAGUUCUGCUUUGAACAGUUCCUUGCUCCAGCUUGUGAUAAGUGCCGCAAGAAGAUCAAGGGGGAUUGCUUGAACGCGAUUGGCAAGCAUUUCCACCCCGAGUGCUUCAACUGCGCGUAUUGUGGCAAACUUUUUGGAAACAGCCCAUUCUUUUUGGAGGACGGUCUUCCUUACUGUGAGGGAGAUUGGAAUGAGCUGUUCACCACGAAAUGCUUUGCCUGUGGGUUCCCAAUUGAGGCUGGAGAUCGCUGGGUCGAAGCCCUUAACAACAACUACCAUAGCCAAUGCUUCAACUGCACGAGUUGCAAGAAGAACCUUGAGGGUCAAAGCUUCUUUGCUAAGCAGGGCCGUCCAUUCUGCAAGGCCCACGCGCGCUGAAGCGAAACAAGCAGAGAAGGCUUUGCAAUGUUAUUGCAACAAUCACAUCGUCCAUGUUUAUUUUAUUAUAAUUUUUAAAUCAAGAAAAAUACUGUUUACGUAGGCUUAAUUGAAAGAAAAGGAACCAGUUCUGCAGACUUACCCGUUAUAUGAGCCUGUUGCCAAAAUUCGGUGCAGGAUUUGUGCAAUCACGGCAUGGUGCCUCUGCAGUGCUAGCCUUUUGAUGGUUGUCCUUGUUAUGCCUUAAAACGUGUGCUUCCUAUAUACAACAUGAUUUUUCUCUGUUUAACCGAUUGCCCAUGUAUGCUAUUAUAAAUAACAGUCAUUUACACCGUAAUAAAUAAUGUCGAUAAAGAGGGAUUCUCUGUCAGAUAUAAAUUACGCGAUCGCAAUCAAACUAGAUUUUUUUUAAACAUUUGAAGUCGUCAGUAAACAAUACAUUAUUAAAGAAAUAGAAUGUAUAUAUUAUAUCGAUGUUAGAAAGCGGUCUGUUACCUUAAUAAUGCGCACAGGAUAAAUCACAAUGUUGCUUUCAUCAAAAAAUCAUUAUCGCCAUUCGCAAAAAGCACAACUGCUUUUGGCAGAUAAAAAAAGUCCUUUUUGACGAAAUGGAUUGUUGAAAAUUUUGACAUUUGAAUGGAAAAAUGUGCACGAUUAGAACCUGAAUAAAAUUUCUUGCCAUGAGUCA